AUGACUGAUAAGACUAAUGCACGUCCCAUUAGAAGAUUAGAUGAAACAGUAGUAAAUCGCAUAGCCGCUGGAGAGAUAAUUCACCGACCUGCAAACGCAUUAAAAGAGUUGAUUGAAAACUGUUUGGAUGCUGGUGCCACAAACAUUCAAAUUACAAUUAAGGAUGGGGGACUUAAAUUGUUACAAAUACUUGAUAAUGGACACGGAAUUAGAAGAGAAGAUAUGUCCAUUGUCUGUGAACGUUUUACAACGAGCAAAUUAAAGAAAUUUGAAGAUUUAUCAAAUAUAAGUACAUAUGGUUUUCGUGGUGAAGCUUUGGCAAGCAUAAGUCAUGUUGCUCAUGUUACAAUUACCACCAAGACAGCAGACUCUAACUGUGCUUAUAGGGCUUGUUAUUCGGAUGGUAAACUUGUUCCUGCAAAACCUGGUACAAGCGCGGAACCAAAGGCAUGUGCUGGUAAUACCGGUACACAAAUUACGGCAGAAGAUGUUUUUUAUAAUGUUCCAACACGUAGGAAAGCCUUAAAGAAUCCGAGUGAUGAAUACAAUAGAAUUUUAGACGUAGUGAAUCGAUAUGCGAUUCAUAAUUCUGGAGUCAGCUUUACUUGUAAAAAGCAAGGUUCAAACCAAGCGGAUGUAAACACUUUAUCAACGUCUUCAACAUUAGAUAAUAUCCGUCAUAUAUAUGGCAAUGUAGCUUCCGAAUUGAUAGAAUUAGGGAAAUCUUUUAGGAAACUGGAGUUCAAAGUUAAUGGAUAUAUAUCCAACGCAAAUUACAACCUUAAAAAAAUGAAUUUUCUUUUAUUUAUAAAUCACAGAGCUGUGGAAAAUUCUUCGCUAAAAAAGACUAUUGAAAGUAUCUACGCGACUUAUUUACCAAAAAGUACUCAUCCAUAUGUGUAUUUAAGUCUGGAGAUCAACCCACAGAAUGUUGAUGUUAACGUUCAUCCAACAAAACGCGAAGUUAGUUUCUUGAACGAAGAUGAAGUCAUUGCCGCAAUUGGAGAUACCAUACAAGAACGUCUCGCUGAUGCGAAUAGUUCGAGAGUAUUUUUGACACAGACUUUAUUACCUGGAGCUAAAGUCAUUGAAGCGAAUAUGAAUCAAGUAGAAAGUUCUAUUAAAAAAUCAGGAAUCAAGGUUUCAAAUUACAAGCUUGUUAGGACAGAUAGUCGUGUGCAGACACUUGACAACUUUUUGAACCCUGAUGAUAUGGUUAAUAAGCAACUCGAGGACAAUUCAAGAAAAGAGCAAUAUAAACCUACUCAUUCAAGUAAUAGUUCAAAAGUUACUUCUAAUAGUAAUAUCGUUGGAGGAAAACGCAAGCGGGAGCGUUUUGAGGUUCGAUUGACCAGUAUUUUGACUCUACGCAAGCGAAUAAAGGAAGUUGAACAUAAAGAAUUUCAUAAUUUCGGGCUUAUUCAUUUGUCUUUACCUGCUCCAAUACGUGAACUUAUAAUUUUCGCUUUGGAAUCAUGUGACCGUGACGAGAUCGAAGAUUUGAAAUCAAAUGAAGAAAUUGCUCAAAAUGGAGAAUUAACUACUUUGCCUCUAAUGCUUAAAGGAUAUGCACCAAAUUUAGAUAAACUUCCAACAUUUUUGCUACGUUUGGGAACUGAGGUUGAUUGGGAAACUGAAACUGGAUGCUUUGAUACUCUUGCUCGUGAACUUGGAUUAUUUUAUGCAACUGAACCACCAAAUUUUUCAAUCAUUUCAACAUCUGUUAGCGAUAAAGAUGAUAUUUCAACAGAUGAUAUGAGCGCAUCUAAUAUAAACAAGAAUGCAUCAAUAUCAUCGCCAAGAAGGAAAAAUUCUGAAAAAGUAACAAAUUUGAUUUUUACGGAACAACAAAAAAAGGCUGAGAUUGCAAGAUAUAAAUGGCAAGUUGAACAUCUAAUUUUUCCAAUUUUAAAAAGUCAAUUUAUUGCUCCGAAAAGUGCCGCAGAAAAUGGACACGUACUUCAAAUAGCUAAUUUACCAGACUUAUAUCGUAUAUUUGAACGAUGUUGA